UAAAUGCAUGCUUUCUUUACAAACUUUACUUGUGGACCUUCCUCAUUUUUAUACUUCAUAUUUUUCUUACUAGGUAUCUAAAAACAGCAUUUAUAUUGCUUCAUUUCUCUUGAAAUAGAAUCAUACAACCAAAGAAAGCUAGAGUGACAAAAGAAGAGAAGAAAAAACAGUUUAUAAGUAGCUUUUAAUCAACAAAAACAUCUUAGAUUAUGGGCAAGUUUAAAUUCAGAUUAUCUGAUAUGAUGCCAAAUGCUUGGUUUUACAAGCUCAAAGACAUGGGAAAUAAGAGGAAAAAAUCCAGCCCUACUACAACUCAAACAACCAUUACAAGCACAAAAUUUCAGCAACACCACCCAAAAAACAUCUAUAUCUAUCCCACCUUUCCUGAGUCCGGGAUCAGGUUCACUGAUCCCUUAUACAAUUCGCCGAGGAGGGUCUAUAGCAGACCCUCCUCGAAUGCUCGUUCUUUCGCAAGACCUACUAAAAACUCAUCUAGUAGUCCUACCAUAAACAAAAACACAACAGUUUACAAUCAAAAGAAUUACAACAGUUUUUCCUCUGUUAUUGAUCAACCUAUCUAUUACUCUGUCUCUUCGAGUGAGCAUGGUACACCUAAAGCUAAUGAUCGCAGCAGGGAAAGCCUUGAAUUCGAGGGCGAGUUAUUGAUGUUUGAUGAAGUGGGUUCUUGGAGUUCAUCUUCAUGUAGUGGAUGCUGUAGGAUUAGUUCAUCUACUGCUGAUAUUAUCAUAGACUUGAAUCAUCAUAAUCAUUAUAACUACCAAGCACAAAAACAAAAUGAUGAAGAAUCAUCAUCUUUUAGUAGGAAGUUUCAGAAGUUGAAUGAGUUUGAUGCAGCAUUAUCUGAGCUUGAGCUUCGUCCUAUAUUAACUAAGAUUCCAAAAGAAGCAUUGUUUAACAAGAUUGAUCAUAAUAGUAAGAAUGAUAAAGAGGUGAAAUCGCGAAGAAGAUCAAGUUUAUCUGAUAGUUUUGCUAUUAUUAAGUCAUCUAUAGAUCCUCAAAGAGAUUUCAAGGAUUCUAUGAUGGAGAUGAUUCAAGAAAAUAAUAUAAGGGGUUUUAAGGAUUUAGAACAACUUUUAGCUUGUUAUCUUUCAUUGAAUUGUAAAGAGUAUCAUCCUUUAAUUGUUGAUGCUUUUGAGCAAAUUUGGCUUGAUUUAUUCUGAUUUUCAUAGCAAGAUGUAAAUUGUAAAUAUUUUCCUAGUUGUAAUUGUUUCUUCUAGAAAAUAAUUAUCAGAAUUAUGUA